AUGGCAGGGGUGGUCAGACAAGCACAGCCCUCUCAGGAGUCCUACCACGACAAGGCCAGAGAACACCCUGAUGAUGGAAAGCAUCCAGAUGGAGGCCUGUACAACAAGGGGCCCUCCUAUUCCAGUUAUUCUGGCUACAUAAUGAUGCCAAAUAUGAAUAGUGACCCAUACAUGUCAAAUGGAUCUCUUUCUCCACCCAUCCCGAGGACAUCAAAUAAAGUGCCGGUGGUGCAGCCAUCUCACGCCGUCCACCCUCUCACCCCCCUCAUCACUUACAGCGACGAGCACUUUUCUCCAGGAUCACACCCGUCACACAUCCCAUCCGAUGUCAACUCCAAGCAAGGCAUGUCCAGACACCCUCCAGCUCCGGAAAUCCCCACCUUUUACCCCCUGUCUCCGGGUGCUGUUGGGCAGAUCACCCCACCCCUCGGCUGGCAAGGUCAGCCUGUAUAUCCCAUCACGGGUGGAUUCAGGCAACCCUACCCAUCCUCACUGUCAGGCGACACUUCCAUGUCCAGGUUUUCCCAUCAUAUGAUUCCCGGCCCUCCUGGCCCCCACACAACCGGCAUCCCUCAUCCAGCUAUUGUAACGCCUCAGGUCAAACAGGAGCACCCCCACACUGACAGCGACCUAAUGCACGUGAAGCCCCAGCAUGAACAGAGAAAGGAGCAGGAGCCAAAAAGACCUCACAUUAAGAAGCCUCUGAACGCUUUCAUGUUAUACAUGAAGGAAAUGAGGGCAAAUGUCGUAGCCGAGUGCACGCUAAAGGAGAGCGCAGCUAUCAACCAGAUCCUGGGCAGAAGGUGGCACGCCCUCUCCCGGGAAGAGCAGGCCAAAUAUUAUGAAUUAGCACGGAAAGAAAGACAGCUACAUAUGCAGCUUUAUCCAGGCUGGUCAGCAAGAGACAACCAGGGCAAGAAGAAGAAGAGGAAGAGAGAGAAACUACAGGAAUCCACUUCAGGUACAGGUCCCAGAAUGACAGCUGCCUACAUCUGA